GUUUGAAUAAUGAGAUAUAUAGUUAUUUCUAUACACAUAUGUAUAAUUUAUAUAAUUUUUAUCACUUUUUGUGUUAUCCAAAACGCAAAUAUAGAUAAAAUAUUGUAACAGAGAUACUGAGGAAUAUUUUGUGUGGAUCACCUUUGAAUAUUUGAAAUUUCAAUAUACCUAGAAACAGAUAUUUUAAAAUUAUGGUAGAAAUAAAAGAAACUGAUUUUCCUGUUGGAUCUCUUUUACCUAAAAAAGAAACGGGGGUAGUAUCUUUUCUAUCCAAAUACCCCACUUAUGAUGGUAGAGGAAUUGUUAUAGCUAUUUUGGAUUCUGGAAUUGAUCCUGGAGCUCCUGGAUUGAAGGAAACCUCUGAUGGCAAAGUUAAGGUAAUUGAACGUUUUGAUUGUAGUGGCUGUGGCGAUGUAAAUACUACAACGAGAGUUGUCCCAGUUGAUGGUAUAAUCACUACAAUGAGUGGAAAAAAAAUUAAAAUACCUUCUACUUGGACAAAUCCUAAUAAUUUAUAUAGAUUAGGCGUUAAACGUGCUUUUGAUCUGUAUCCUGAAAGACUAAAAGAUCGUGUCAAAGCUGAAUACAAAAAGAAAAAUUGGGAAGAGAGCCAUAGGAAAAUAGUUAGUGAAAUAACUAGAAAAAUGGCGAAUUUUGAAUCUACUCAUAACUCUAAGACACUGAAUGAUUUUGAUAAACUUGAAAAAGAAAAUUUAGAUGCCAUGCAAGAUAUCCUAAAUAACUUCGACAAAAAAUAUAAUGAUCUGGGGCCCAUUUAUGAUUGUAUCUUGUUUCACAAUGGCCAACAUUGGGUAGCUUGUGUAGAUACAACUGAAGAUGGUGAUGUAUCAAAAUGCCCCUUACUUGGAGAAUAUAGUAUUACACAUGAAUUUGCUCCACUAACAGAUGUUGAUUAUCUAAAUUUUAGCAUGAAUGUCCAUGAUAAUGGAGAUAUUUUAGAAUUAGUUGGUGUAUGCUCAAGUCAUGGAACCCAUGUAGCUUCUAUUGCAGCAGGUUAUUUUCCCCACUCACCUGAAGAAAAUGGAAUUGCUCCUGGAGCACAAAUAGUGUCAUUAACCAUAGGAGAUGGCAGGUUGGGGUCAAUGGAGACAGGUACAGCUCUAAUCAGAGCUAUGAUCAAAAUAAUUGAAUUAAAGGAAACACUUAACAUCCAAGUAAUAAACAUGAGUUAUGGAGAACACGCACAUUGGGUUGAUACAGGGAGAAUUGGUGAACUGAUUAAUGAAAUUGUAAAUAAAUAUGGCGUUACUUGGGUUUCUUCUGCUGGUAACCAUGGCCCCGCGCUCAAUACCAUUAGUACUCCGUCUGAUACCAUAAAUGAACCAGUUAUUAGUAUAGGUGCUUAUGUGUCUCCAGAAAUGAUGGUAGCUGAAUAUGCCAUGAGACAAAAAUUACCAGGGACGCCAUAUACAUGGUCAUCUAGAGGGCCAACUAUUGAUGGAGGCAUUGGGGUUCAUGUAUGUGCUCCUGGAGGAGCGAUAACGUCAGUACCUAACUUUGCAUUGAGAUAUUCUCAAUUGAUGAAUGGUACAUCUAUGGCUUCACCCCAUGCAGCUGGUGUUGUCUGUCUUUUAAUAUCAGGCUCAAUCCAACAGGAGCUCACCUUUUCUCCUUAUAUUAUUCGUAGGGCAUUAGAAAAUACUGCCAAGUUUCUGGAUGGAGUUGAAGUACCUGCCCAAGGAAGCGGCUUGAUACAAAUUGAAAAAGCAUUUGAUUAUUUACUAAAUUAUCAUAAUGAACCGGAUACAAAUGUUAGAUUCCAAAUACAAUGUGGUUCUCAUAAUUCCAAAGGCAUUUAUAUCCGUUCGAAGAAAUAUACUUCCUCUCAAUCUUUUAAAAUUAGUAUAGAACCUAAUUUCCUAAAACAUGAUGAAGUUUCUGCAUAUGACAAAAUUUAUUACAACCAAAAAUUUGUUCUCACUUGUGAUGCAACAUAUGUCAGUUUUCCUUUGCAUUUAGAUUUAUCCAAUGUAGCUAGAAUGUUUGCCAUUAAAAUAGAUACUGAUGGAUUACCUUCUGGAUUGCAUUGCACCUUCCUAAAUGGUUAUGAUGUAAAAUGUGUAGAAAAAGGACCUGUAUUCAAAAUACCCAUAACCAUAAUUCAACCAUUAGAAUUAGAGGAACCUAGGUAUCAGAUUAGUUACAGUAAAGUUAAUUUCAAAGCGAAUACCAUAAAAAGACAUUAUUACACAGUUCCAACAAUGGCAACAUGGGCAGUAUUAAAAUUGAUAUCUGAUGAAGACACUGGAAGAUUCGUUAUACAUGGUUUGCAAAUGUUACCCAGACAAUUUUGUAAGGCUUUAGAAGUAAAUAAAACUGUAGCCAUUACUACCAAAACUGAAGUAGUGAUAAGUUUUCCUGUAAAGGGAGAUCUAGUACUGGAAUUAGUAAUUGCUAAAUAUUGGGCUAACAUAGGAGAAUCUAAUUUAGAUUAUACAAUCUCAUUUUUUGGCAUCAAACCCAACCAACCUUCAAUAACAAUGCAUGAAGCUGAUGGAAUUCACUGUGUUGAAGUGAAAACUUUACAAGGUGAAGACAUUUCACCUGCUAUUAACUUGAAAAAUGCCGUCCAAAUUCUAAAGCCUUCUGACUUGAAAAUUAUUCCUUUAUCGUCAAGAGAUAUAAUACCUCCAUGUAGGCAAAUUUAUGAAUUAGUAUUAAUAUACAACUUUAAUAUAUCCAAACAAUGUGAAUUAUCUCCUAAUUUGCCGUUAUUGAAUAAUAUGUUGUAUGAAUCCGAGUUUGAAUCACAAUUUUGGAUGUUGUAUGAUACAAAUAAACAAUUAUUGGGCUGUGGAGAUGCAUAUGCAGACAAAUAUUCUAUAAAAUUAGAAAAAGGAGAUUACAUUAUAAGACUGCAAAUUAGACAUGAUAAAAAAGAUUAUUUAGAAAAAUUGAAUGAAGCUCCUCUUUUAUUGAUACAAAAAUUAAGCAGCCAAAUACCAAUGGAUGUAUAUUUAUCCUAUACUCAAGCUCUAGUCGGAGGAAAGAAACCUGGGUUCACUAAUAAUUCUAAUCCUCAUGCUCCCAUUCCAUUGUAUAUAGCUCCUCUCACAUCUGAAAAGUUUUCAUUAAAGUCGAACAACUUGGCGCAUUAUUUAACUGGUUCUAUAACAUAUGCAAAGGAUGAACAUGGUAAAAAAGUUGAUGUAUAUCAAAUUAAAUAUAUUUUGAAUGAUAUAACUGCGAAGAAACCGAAUGUAUCAAAUGGCAAUUUGGAAAAAACUAAAACAGAUGAAUAUAAAGAAGCACUAAGGGAUCCAAAAACACAGUUAUUAUCUAAAAUGGACCCUGCCACUGCUCAAACCAUGUAUGAAGAGUUAUUGAAAGAAUAUCCAGACCAUCUACUUAUUCAUUCUGCCUAUUUACAAGUUAUGGACCCAUUAGAUAAAAGAGCUUUACCUACGUUGACAAAAUCAAAGCAGAAUGGUUCUGUUGAAGAUAUUAAUAACAAAGUUAUCAGUAUUUGCAAUAAGGUACUUUCUGGAUUAAAUGCUAGUUCUAUUUUAGCUUUUAUUGCCAUGAAGACUGAUUUAAGACCUGAUGCAGCUAAAAUUAAGAUUACGAUGGAUCAACAAAAGAAUAUUUAUGUGGAAUGUUUGGCACGCAAAGGAAUAGCACUGUGUCGACUUGCUCUGUGGGAUGAUAAUAAGGAACCUGAUUCUAAUAUGUAUAAACAAAAAAUAUUGGAAGUAUGGAAAGCGUUGGUUAAAUUCGUAGAUCCAUCUGACGCUAAAGUUUUAACAAGUCACGUUUUAUAUUUUGCCAUUUGGCAUGCGUUCGUAAAUAACCAUUAUGGAAGAUUAUUGAAAUACAUACUUAAAAUGCAAGAAGAUAAGCCAACUGAAGAAGUUGAAAAGAAAAUAAUUGAAUAUUGUGGAUUGCUAGAUUGGGAUCACGUUGUAAAGCAUUUGUACAGAAGUUUACCUUCAAAAUUUCCACUUUCCUAUAAACCAUUUUAAAUAUAAUAAAAUAUAUUCAAUAUUAUAGAAAUUUAGAUCGUUAAGAAGUUUAAAUAGUUCUUGGCAUUUUUUGUGGACUGAAAAUGUAUUUAAAAUAAAUAAGCAUACAUUUUCUUUCUAGUUUUAGAAUUCUAAUAGGGAUUAAAAUUUUAUUUUUCUUUAAAACGCCUUCAACAAAAUUGCAUUGGUUGAUAAAUGAAUUAGAUUUUUUCCGUUAUCUGUAUUUGUUUACAAAUAAAUCAUACACCUUUCCA